AUGUUAUCUAUCUUUCCCGGUUGCACAUUCUUUUUCUUGCUCACUGUUUUUCUUAUUGUGUUUUCAUCUCUCUCUCUCUCUCUCUCUCUCUCUCUCUCUCUCUCUCUCUCUCUCUCUCUAACAUACUGGCUUUUGUUCUCUUUCUUUCACUCCUUUUUAAAUCCUCUUUCUCCCACUCUCUCCUUAUUUUAUUAUUCUCCAUGUCUAUUCUUUCUCUCUGAUUUUUUCUUUUACCUUCUUUUCAUUUUUUUUUCAUAUUCAAACACUUUCUUUCUCGCUCAUAUUUUCAUCUCUCUCUCUCUCUUACUCUCUCCCUCCCUCUCACUCUGUCUCUCUAACACUUUGGUUUUUCUUCCCUUUCUUUUUCUUUCUUUCUUUCUUUCUUUCUUUCUUUUCCUAAUCAUCUUUCUCCCACUCUCUCUUUAUAUCCGUAUUCUCUUUGUUUAUUCAUUUGCUCUGAUUAUUUCCUUUAUCCUCUUUUCAUUUUUCUUCUUAUGCUGCUUUCCACUUUCUCUUUGCUUAACCUUCUCUUUCUUUUUCAAUUGCAUUAAUUUAUUUUUAUUCUUAAUUUUUUUCCCUACCUUCCUUUCUUUACUCUUCCUUUCCAUUUUUCUUUCAAAAAUUCUCUUUCCUACCAUUUUGAUCACAUCUCCUUAA